UAAAUUCGAGUACAUUGGGAUUCUUAAAAUGAAUUCUACACGUUUCCCACAAUGCUCUAUCGCCAAAUUGUAACCAUAUUCCUGCUGAUCAACAUUAGUUCCCUAACGCAAGGCUUCGUUGCGAGACCGCACGACAAGAUUUACAGCAAGCGCCAUUUGCUGAGGAUAUAUCCCGAUUUUGAUCUGGAGCGGUUUGCCGACGAUGGUGGAAAAAAAGAAGGAGGAGGCGGUUCCGAAUGUAGCAGCAACAAAAAUUGUGGAGCUUCUGUUAGCAAAGGCGAUCCCAAGGUGAAGGCAUCGAAUAUCGCCCAGAAAGCGGCAGUGGAGGCCAAAGCCGCCAAUGAUGCACAAACGGCUGCAGCAGACGCAGCCGCCGCUCAGGUUAAGCUCGAGCUGGCGGACAAGGCGAUGCAGUCGGCUCGGGCAGCGGAAGCGGCACUCGCCGGGAAGCAACAAAUUAUGGAACAACUGCAGCGAGAAAUGGCCGAGGCGGAUGCGGUGGUGACCGAAGUAACUGCUUCUCUUCAAAAUACCCAGGCGAAUGCGAACGCAGCCGCAACAGCUGCCCAACAGGCGCAGGCCGAACUGAACGAUCUGAAACGGAUAGUGGCCGCUUCGACGGGAAAUCUGGCGAAUAUUGAGAAUGUGUCGAGUGGAGCGCAACAAGAGCUGGCCGAGAAGAUGCAGCUGCUGGAGGCAGCCAAGAAUCGCGUGGAAGGUCUGCAGCGUCAAAUGGUGGAUGCCCGUCAGGACUUUGAAAAGACCAAACAGGCCGCCUAUAAGGCUGCCUGUGCUGCCGUCGAGGCUAAGCAGAAGGCGCAAAUGUCUCCCGGCCAAUAAUGUGGACUUGUUCAUCUUGGAUUUCGUAGUUGUUUUUCUUUUUGUGUGAUAUAAUAUCAAAGUUCAUCUACGAAAUAUAUAUAUUUUUUGUAUGGACCGUUA